GGACCUUUAUUGUAUCGGACAAAUGUGUACAUAGGUCGUAGUCAUAGGUCAAAGUACAAAGAUUUUACGUAUACGUAUAGCUGCCUUUUCAUACGCAGCAGCAGCAAAAUGUCACGUGAUUUAAAUUUUUUUGAACCGCUUCCACCGCAUUUGCUGUGCAUGAAAAAAACUUAGCAGCAACCAAUGGAAGUUCAACCUUUAAUAUAAAUAUAAGUAUAAAUGUAAAUAGUGAUAUAUAUUUGUUAUGUAUAUCUUUUGUAUAAUCGCUUUUUAAUGUGCCUUAUAUUAGAGCAUUAAAUAACUCUGCUCUGGCUUAUAGCCCAUUAUUUUAUUUAUUAAUAAACAAUUUUCUAAAUUAUAAGACCACUUUAUAUAAUAACCAAGUUUAAAAAGUUAUAAUUGCAGUACGUCAUUUACGUUUUCGAUGUCCAUAGAUUGAAGUUAUGACCUCAAUCGCGCGUAUACAUGUAUUAAUUAGACCUAUUGGGACUUAUUAAAAAUAAAUUAAUCGUAAACAUGUUUCCGUACUUCGUUCAAUGUUAUUUUUUGUUAUACUUUCUGUUGUAUAUCACGUCAAAUCGGUCUACAUGAGGAUCUAGCUUAAGGCUUGCUAUACCUAUUGUGUUUUGGAACUAUAAUCGAAAAUGCCGAGAGGACCAACGACGAUGAAAAGGUUUAACUUGCUCGUGUGGAACGCGAAAGAGCAGCAAGUCGAAAAUGAACGGCGAAAUAUAAACAACGAGUUAAGGACCAGCUCGACCACUGCAGAUUUCUAAUUGAUUUCCGACGUGUGCCGAGCAAUAUUCGUGAUAUUUUACGAUGGCACCUACAUAAACCGAGCGUGUGGUACACCAAAAAUUAUUUCAUAUAUUUAUAUGUAUUUUUUUAUUAUGUAUAUAUUGUAUAUCAAAUAAUCCUAAAUAUAACAAUAAUUUCAGUAAAUCCACCCUCGAUCAAAUUUGAUAUGGUAUAGAUUUGAGGUUAAAAUUAUGUAUGUAUAAAAUUAUUUAUUAAAUAAAAUGAAAUUUUUGCUAGCGUUAAACAAUGACUCUAAUUUUUUCUAGAUCUAGACCUAGAUAUUAUCCUUGUUUAACAUUCGAUAAAAUAAUAUACCGUGAAUUCCUGACUGCAAUUUUGAGCAGUCAAGUAGCAGUCGAAUGUAAUUGGUUCUAACCUUCAAAUCUAAUCACAAUUCACACUCAGUUGCUAUUUAUAUCCAUUUUUAUACCAAUGUAGAUUUAUCUUUAAUCUCAAUUUAAUUUAUUCCUUAUAUUUUUCUCAUUCUUGAAAUUAGAAAAAGAUAAGUAAUUAAGUUAAAUCAGUAUUGGAAUUAUUCACAUUUAUAUUGAUUAAUUAAGUAAUUGCCAUGGUAACUGCUUUGUUUGUAGCGCGCUCUGGGAUAAUCGAUAUCCUUUCAAGCGCCAACAGCUCGGUAGAUUGUAGAAAGUGUUGACUUAAUUAAUGUGCCUUUUUUAUGCCUAGAAAAAUGACGUCUAAAUCACGGAGUGCUGAAUCGGUGAGCGCCACGUCUCAAAAUCAACAAACAAACGAAGCAAAUGAUUUGCCGUCCAAUGAAGAACAAAAUAUCGCGGACCCAUUAACUGCAAACCCAUUGGAAUCUGAACAAGGCACACUAAUUGUAAAAGAAGAGGAGCAGUCAAAUGACAGAUGUAGCAGUAAAAUAAAAAAGACGGAGUCAUCUAAUUUACAGAGUGAUGAAUCGAUGAGGGUCACGUCUCAAGAUCAACAAACAAACGAAGCAAAUGAUUUGCCGUCCGAUGAAGAACAAGAUAUCGUGGAACCAUUAACUCCAGUUCUAUUGGAAUCCGAUAAAGAAGCACUUGUAAAAGACGAAGAAUCGGAUAAAGAUUCAGAUAAAUCGGAGACUGAUAGUGAAGAAGAAUUGAAAAAGGAUUGUUAUACUCUUUGUCAAGAACUAGGAUGUACUCGGUGCUUCGGGCGAUACACAGUCUAUAUAGCAGCGUGUUGUGCUUUUUCUGUUCAUCUUGUUUCCGUCAACAUUGGAACAUUCCUUGGAAAAUAUGUUGCAACCGUAAUUACGAACAUAUGUUGCUGUAUUUACUGUCAGAAUUGGUGCUGUCCUGGGCUGAGUGAGUGAGUCUGCAUUUGCUGGCAAGUUGACGUUCUUAUAAUACGACAAGUUUGGAUAACAACUUGCCAGCAACUUGUCGGCAACUUAGGCUGUGAUCUGAAAUCAUCACAGCUAUCGUAGUACGCAACAAUACAGUAGCUGCACAGUAUAACCAGUGGGUAGAUUCCGCGAAAUACUGAGUCUUUGUGUAGGUAUCGUCGCAGAACUUUUCUCUUUGGGCUGGCUCCAAUGAAAUGCAAGAAGAUAUAGGAAUAUACAUACAUAUGUGCAGACAAUUUAUAAGCAAUUACAUCAGAAAUUUUUUCGCGAUCACUUCUACGAAUAAUUGUUACUACUGAACUACGUUUUAUUCACACGUUGAAUUUAUUGAUUUACUCUUAUCGAAUCCACAGUAUUACUUAUCUGUUAAGGUCCAUCUACAAUGAGAGGAAUAAGUCGUAAACCGUAAGAAAUGGACCAAUUACAGCCAAUUAUUCUUUUUAUAUUCGAUUGUGAUUGAUCAAUUUCUUAUGGGUUACGAUUUACUCCUCUCAUUGUAGAUGGACCUUUAUUGUAUCGGACAAAUGUGUACAUAGGUCGUAGUCAUAGGUCAAAGUACAAAGAUUUUACGUAAACGUAUAGCUGCCUUUUCAUACGCAGCAGCAGCAAAAUGUCACGUGAUUUAAAUUUUUUAGAAUCGCUUCCACCGCAUUUGCUGCGCAUGAAAAGAAACUUAGCAGCAACCAAUGGAAGUUCAAACUUUAAUAUAAAUAUAAGUAUAAAUGUAAAUAGCGAUAUAUAUUUGUUAAGUAUAUCUCUUGUAUAAUUGCUUUUUGAUGUGCCUUAUAUUAAAGCAUUAAAUAAUCUUGCUCUAGCUUAUAGCCCAUUAUUUUAUUUAUUAACAAACAAUAACUCUAAAUUAUACGACCACUUUAUAUAAUAAUCAAGUUUAAAAAGUUAUAAUUGCAGUUUGUCAUUUUCGUUUUCGAUGUCGAUAGAUUGAAGUUAUGACCUCAAUCGCGCGUAUGCAUGUAUUAAUUAAACCUAUUAGGACUUAAGUAGCAGUCGAAUGUAAUUAGUUCUAACAUUAAAAUUUAAUCACAGUUGAUA